ACUGAAUCUCGUUCUGGAGCGCUGUUUGUUCCUGGUUGCAGACCCCCAGGGAGCGGUCCGUCGAGAGCUGUUGCGGCUCCUGGAGGAAGUGCUGGCAGUCGUAUCCACCAGCAACUCGUGUUCAGCGACUACAUCAACAUCAGGCACUUCUAGUUCCACCUCCACCAGUACCACCACCAGCACAGUAUCCUCCAGAAGUUCGUGUUCUCAACUACGUCCUUUCGCAGCGUUGCUGCGCGCUCAAAUCAAGGGUGCCCUGAGCCACGUGGACGCAGGUGUGAAGCAAACUGGUGUUCAGCUGGUCAGCCUGUUCUUCGAUGAGCGGAAUAAAACGCGCAAGCACGACUCGACUACCGCACCCACUUUGGGGCAA